AUGAAGGAGAAUUCUGCAGUGAAGAAAAGCAUUUUCAUGUUUUUGUCAUUAAUAAUAGCUUGUAGUUUUGGAAGAUUUGGAAACGGAUGUGAGAAUAUUUGCAGCGGACAUUGUCUUUACAAUGAGACAUGUAACCAUGUGAAUGGACUCUGUAGUAAAGGUUGUGCUCCAGGAUAUUAUGGAUCCCUUUGUAGUAAAGUUUGUCCUAGUGGUUCCUAUGGUUUGAAUUGUUCUGGCACAUGUUCUCGAAAUUGUAUUGGUACUUGUGGAAAUGUCGAUGGUUCCUGUAAAUGUGUACCUGGAUUUUCUGACCCACCAAACUGCACCACUGAAUGCCUCCCUGGAUUUUAUGGUAUAAACUGUCAGUACAGAUGUAGCGGUCAAUGUGUCAAUAAUGAGAACUGCAGCAGAUUCGACGGAAGUUGCUCUCUAGGAUGCAAAGAUAAUUAUGUUGGGGUAGCUUGUGACUCUCUUCAUGAUAGUUCUACCAGUGCGUCAACAGUAGGACUUGCCAUAGUAGUUGCAGUAUAUUCUGUAUGCCUAAUGGCUGCCCUCAUUUUCUUUUAUUUGAGACCACAACACUGCAAAACCUCAAAAGAAAGAAAACCGAAGUUUGCACCUAAAGACACGAAGAGUGUUCAAUCCUCAUCCCCACAGACCAAUUACUUAAAUGACGUCACACACAAUUAUCAGGACCUAGAUGAUGACGAUAAAGACUCAUAUGAGUUGAUACAAGCAUCUGCGAAUCUGUGUGCUUAUCAGAAAAUAGAACAUACAACAUAA